GUCACAAGAAUGUCGUUGAUGAGCUCAUUAAGAAUGGUGCUAAUCUCAAUAAUAAAGACAUUCAUGGGCGGACACCAUUGGAGGAAUCUAUUUACGAAGAACAUGAUGAUAUCGCUGAAGAGCUCAUCAAUAGAGGUUCCGAUCUUACUUCUAAAGAUCAAUAUGGAGACACACCUCUUCAUUUAGCUGCUAUGUAUGGCAACUUAAAGAUCGUUCAACUUCUUGUCGAGAAGGGCGCCAGUCUUACUGCUAGAGACAAUCGUCCAAAUAGACGUACACCUUAUGAGUCAGCUUGUGCCUUUGGCGGUGAAGAUCACAAGAAGGUUGCUGCCUAUCUAGAAACCAAACUUUAACCAUUGCUGUUUUGUCGGACUAUCGAUUUUAACAUUGUGUCAAAAAAAGCA